AAUUAAUAUAUAGAAAUAGAAACGUAAUCGAGAUAAAUCGGAUUUUAAAUAAUUUCUUUGAUAGUUGGAGUAGGUGGGUUCGAUUCGUUUUGGGGCAACUUCAUCAAAUUUCGAUUAAAGAUGGAGUUGCAUCACAAAUCGUUCAUUGUUUUAGGUGGGGCUUCCUUGAGAAUAUUAUAUCUCUUGGAAUUUAGCGAAAAACCCACGGAUUUUGAGAUCUUUAUAGUUCGAAUUUCGCAGAUAAGUUCCAUUCUAGUGGGAGACUGCAUUUCUUCUUCUUCUUCUUUUAGUACAUGGCUCUGCAAAUUUAGGAUCAAAUUAGAAAAUGUUUGA